GGCGCUUUCAAUUCCGUUAUAUUUCUGCGCGAUGACGUCGCACAUUGGUUUCACUCGCCAGUCGCCAGGACUUCCACAACUACGGUUAAUCCGAGUCUCACCAGCAGCCAAAGCCUCUCAACAGCGGGACAAACAUCUCGAGAAUGGGCAACUGUCAAGUGAGUACCAUCCUUUAAAAAAAAUAUUUGUAUCAUUUUACGCACCAAACGUAGGCCUAUGCGCAUGUUGAAGUUGCUGCGAGAAAUGCGAAUUAAAAUGUUAAAGUUUAGGCCCCAAUGGUCAGAUUUUUUUUUUAUUUUUUAUGUGAAAAAACGUAGUAAAACGAGGCAGAUCUAUUGGAAAGUUUAGGCCUAUAUGUUGAAUAUGUUUUUACAAUUUCUGUGUAAAUGUUUCAUUGUAAGGGAUAUUGUAAUGUCAAAACGACAUUCCACACUAAUCUCAAAUACAAUCUCGCGUCAUUUGGUCAAUUGAGUGCAGAAUCUGUCCACGGGAGAUUACACUAUACCACAAUUGAAUGUGGGGUUAUGGAUACGAUCAUUUUGACUGAGAUUGACAUUUUUCAAAUCCACGUAGCCCUUGACAUUUUUCUAUGGGUUUUUCAAAUCCACAUAGCCCUUGACAGUGAGGCCGGGGAAAACGCAGAGGAAGUGGCCACUGCGGAAUUCGUCACAAUCCGGUUAGAUGAAUGUAGGCCUAAACAAUGAGUGAAUCCGAGAGGAAUGGUACCGAUAGGAGUAGGGGGAUGAGGGUGUUUCCACAGUCAUCUCAAUUUCGGCUAUGGGGCGCUGCGCCUCUCUACUUUGUUUGGUUAACACACAGCAGCGGCCAAAUUCCUGAGCCAUUGCAGUUCAUGCCAUUGCAGUUCAUUGCAUUGUCCCACAUGUCAUGUUACAUUCUAAUAGGCCAACUACAGUUUUAUUACAUAUCUGAACAAUUGAUUCAAAACUUUUAUAAAGCUAUUCAGAUGUACAAUCUUUCUCAUCGACGGGGCUGUAGUGGAACAGGUUGAGAGCUUCAAGUUCCUUGGUGUCCACAUCACCAACGAACUAUCAUGGUCCAAACACACCAAGACAGUCGUGAAGAGGGCACGACAAAGCCUAUUCCCCCUCAGGAGACUAAAAAGAUUUGGCAUGGGUCCUCAGAUCCUCAAAAAAUUCUACAGCUGCACCAUCGAGAGCAUCCUGACUGGUUGCAUCACCGCCUGGUAUGGCAACUGCUUGGCCUCUGACCGCAAGGCACUACAGAGGGUAGUGCGUACGGCCCAGUACAUCACAGGGGCAAAGCUCCCUGCCAUCCAGGACCUCUAUACCAGGCGGUGUCAGAGGAAGGCCCUCAAAAUUGUCAAAGACUCCAGUCACCCUAGUCAUAGACUGUUCUCUCUGCUACCGCACGGCAAGCGGUACCGGAGUGCCAAGUCUAGGUCCAAAAGACUUCUCAACAGCUUCUACCCCCAAGCCAUAAGACUCCUGAACAGCUAAUCAUUGGCUACCCGGACUAUUUGCACUGCCCCCCCACCCCAUACUUUUUACGCUGCUGCUACUCUGUUAAGUAUUUAUGCAUAGUCACUUUAACUCUACCACAUGUACAUAUUACCUCAACUACCUCAACUAGCCGGUGCCCCCGCACAUUGACUAUGCAACGGUACCCCCCUGUAUAUAUAGCCUCCCUACUGUCACUUUAUUCUAUUGUAUAUAUAGCCUCCCUACUGUCACUUUAUUUUUACUUCUGCUCUUUUUUUCUCAACACUUUUUUGUUGUUGUUUUAUUCUUACUUUUUUGUUUAAAUAAAUGCACUGUUGGUUAAGGGCUGUAAGUAAGCAUUUUCACUGUAAUGUCUGCACCUGUUGUAUUCGGCGCAUGUGACCAAUAACAUUUGAUUUGAUUUGAUUUGAUUUGAUUGGUGGCACCUACUAUGUGUGUCUUUUUAAUUCCCAACACAACAAUGAGAUACAAUGGUGGUAGUUGUGUUGUGUUGAUAUUAGCAUUUUAUUGUCUUGUUUAUGUCAUAACAACUACUUUUAUGUUAAUUUAAGCCCACUAUCGUGCCAUAUGAGGAGUUUGAUGUUAUGGUUGAUAUAAAGGCCAUACGCAAAGCCUGUAAAGGCUUGGGUAAGUUGCAAUAUUUUUAGUUAAUUUAUAACUAUGGCAUUCCAGGGAAGCUUCUGCUCAAUGAGUGAGAGAUUGUUUGGAAAGGUCUGUCAAUGUGGAUUUACUUAUAAUUAACUAAUAAUAAUAAUAAUAAUAAUAAUAAUAAUAAUAUGCCAUUUAGCUGUGCAGUUGCUGUUUAAAGGUUCAGUGUUGCACCAUAGUCCAAUUGUUUUAAUUGUAUGAUUGUGUUCUGUUGUGCAGGCACUGAUGAACAAGCCAUCAUUGACAUACUGGCUAACCGCUGUGCAGCCCAGCGGAUGGAAAUUAAACAAGCCUAUUUUGAUAAGUAUGAUGAUGUGAGUAUCAAACACAUUCUAUUAGAAGUAGAAGAAUCUGACCAUAGCACCGGUUCCAAUCCAAGUGCCAAUGCCGUUUAGCAAACUCCAGUCGGUGCUAUGGUCAGAUUACAUGAAAAUAAAGCUCUUUGGCCACGCAUACAAGUCGUGGGUUUGGCGUCGAAAAAUGGAUGCAUAUGCAGAAAAGAGCCUCAUACCUACUGUAAAAUAUGGUGGUGGAUAUUUGAUGUUAUGGGGCUAUUUUGCUUCCAUUUGUCCUGAGGCCUAUGUUAAGGUCUAAGACAUUUAAAGUACUAGGACAUUUUAGCGCAAAACCUGGUUGCCUCUACCAAGAGGCUGAAACUUUGCUGCAAGUGGAUCUUCCAGCAAGACAAUCACCCCAAGCACACAUCAAAAUCCACAAAGAAAUUGUUAAUUGACCACAAAAUCAACAUUUUGUCAUGGUCUUGGACUUGAACCCCAUUGAAAACCUGUGGUUUGAGUUGAAGAGGGCAGUCCAUAAGCGCAGACGAAGGAUAUCAAGGAUCUGGAAAGUUUCUGUUUGAAAGAAUGGUCAAAGAUCCCUCCCAAUGUGUUCUACAAUCUCUCUCUCUCUCUUUCUCUCUUUCUCUGGAGAAGGAGUUGGUGGAUGUGCUGAAGAGUGAACUGGGGGGGAACUUUGAGAAUGCCGUCCUGGCCAUGCUGGACCCUCCAGUCGUCUAUGCAGUGAAGGAGCUCAGGAGGGCCAUGAAGGGAGCAGGCACUGAUGAGGAUACUCUGGUGGAGAUUCUGUGCACUGCCACAAAUGAUGUACGUUUCAGUUUCAUUCUGAGGAGAAUCAUAUAAGUCAUGGGAAAUAGAACAUUUGAAACAUAAUGGUCUGAUUUAUUUUUCUAUCUUUCUUUCCCAACAGGAUAUUCACAUGUUCAAAGAAUGCUACUUUCAGGGUAAGUACCAAUGCCACCCCUCCCUCAAUCAAGUUGUCUUUUUACAUAAUUAUGUUGUGAACGAAGGAGGAAACUCAUUGGGCUCGAGUUAAUAGUUGGCAUAACUUGAGAAACCCAUAAGGCUUUGCAGCAUACAGGUCACCUUAUCAAAAUCAAAUGUAUUGGUCGUGUACACAGAUUUGCAGAUGUUUUCGCAGGUGCAGUGAAAUGCUUGUGUUUCUAGCUCCAACAGUGCAGUAAUACUUAUCAAUAAAAAAACAAUACACACAUAAUCCCCUCCCCCCCCCAAAAAAAUAAUAAUAUUUGGAUGAGACAUGACUAGAAUACAGUAUAUACAUAUAUAUACAUAUAAAGUGGGUGAAACAGUAUGUAAACAUUGUUCAAGUGACCCAUGUUUAAUGACUAUGUACACAGGGCAGCAGUCUCUAAGGUGCAGGGAAGAGUACCGGGUGGUAGCCGGCUAGAACAGUGACCUAAGGUUCAGGGCAGGGUACUGGGCGGAGUCCGGCUAGUGGUGACUAUUUAACAGUCUGAUGGCCUGGAGAUAGAAGCUGUUUCUCAAUCUCUCGGUCGCAGCUUUGAUGCACCUGUACUGUCUCCGCCUUCUAGAUGGUAGCAGGGUGAACAGGCCGUGGCUCGGUGGCUGAGGUCCUAGAUGAUCUUCUUUGCCUUCCUGUGACACUGGGUGCUGUAGAUUUCCUGGUGAGCAGGCAGUACCAGGCGGUACCUGCUGUACCAGGCGGUGAUACUGCCUGACAGGGUGCUUCUGUAGAAGUUGGUGAGGCCAAGCCGAAUUUCUGUUUGUGCCUUCUUCACCACUCUGUCUAUGUGAAUGGACCAUUUCAGGUUGCCAGUGAUGUGCAUGCCGAGGAACUUGAAGCUUUUGACCCUCUCCACUACACUGCGGCCCCUUCGAUGUGGAUGGGGGCGUGCUCUCUCUUUUGUCUCCAGUAGUCCAUGAUCAGCUCCUUUGUUUUGUUGAGGGAAAGGUUAUUCUCCUGGCACCACUCCGUCAGAGCUCUCACCUCCUCCCUGUAGGCUGUCUCUUCAGGCCUACCACUGUUGUCAGCCAACUUGAUGAUUGAGUUGGAGACGUGCGUAGCCACGCAGUCAUAGGUGAACAGGGAGUACAGGAGUGGGCUGAGCACGCACCCCUGUGCGGUCCCCGUGUUGCGGAUCAGCGCCCGUCAGGAAGUUCAGGACCUAGUUGCACAGGGAGGGUUUCAGUCCCAGUUUACCUAGCUUAGUGAUGGGCUUUGAGGUCACUAAUGGUGUUGAAGGCUGAGCUGUAAUCCAUGAACAGCAUUCGCAAAUGCUGCCAUCUAUCCAUGGUUUUUGGUUUGGAUAAGUUCUAACUGAACCAGUGUCAUUCUGUUUCGAUUCUGCCCAUCCUGUUAUUGUUUUCUGUACUGCUGAUUCACUUUUGAUUAGGGUUGCGAUUAAAAAACGCAUCUUGUUUUCAUGACACCCAUAAUAACAAGAUAUAUUUUUUAGCCACAAUCUUGAAUCAAAAGCGAAUCAGCAGUACAGAAAACAACAACAGGAUGGGAAUAAUCUUAAUAGAAUGACACCGGCUUUCCACCAUGCCUUCCCCAUUUGCUCAAAUAGAAUAAUGACAUCAGCAGUUAUAAAUAACAAGGGAACACCCAUUCCUCUGCCCUUAAUCUCAUAUUAACUCUCUCUCUCUCUCUCUCUCUUUCUCUUUGUUUCUCUGUGAAUUCUCUAGUGCAUGAACGGGACCUGGAAUCAGAUGUCGAAGGGGACACUAGUGGAGAUGUGAGAAACCUGCUCACUGCUCUUUUACAGGUAAGUGGCCCCAUGGUUUCACUCUUGGACUCUUGCCAUGUAACACAAUUCCCUUCCGUGUCUUUGGACUGAAAUCAAGCUCCCUCUGCCUGGCCUCUCUCUUAACCCCAAGUGUCUCUCUCUCUUUCUAUCUCACUCACUCACUCACACACACACAAACACUGGCUGGUUGGCUGUCUGCCUGCUUUUCCGAUUUCCUUUCAUUAGUAAAAUGGUGGCCAGAUACAAUAUCCUGAGCCAGACAGAAAGGCUACAUUUCAUCUCACCACAGAAGUCAGUGAAAGCUUUCUGUUCUAGGGCACCAGAGAUGAGAGUUACGAUGUGGAUGAGGGUCUGGCUGAAGCAGAUGCCACCGCCCUAUUUGAGGUAUGGCAUAGAGAAGUGCAUUCAAGAAACAAUAGUAUCAAGAAGUGUAUUUACCUGUUUAAUUGAAAUCAUAUUUACUAUUUAGGCUGGUGAGGGAUGUUUUGGAACUGAUGAAUCCACUUUCAGCUUCGUCCUGGCCAACAGAAACUACCUUCAGCUUCAGGCCACCUUCAAGGUGUAUGAGCAGGUGGGUCCACUAUUAGCAGCCUAUGUCUGUUCACACAAGCUGAAAUGAGUGCCUUGAAUAUUUAUAGAUAUAAAUAAUAAUAUAUGGUUAUACUUCAAUGUAGUUUAUUUAGAACCUGUGGUAAGUCUAUUUAAUUGGAAGCACAUCAGGCUCCAUUUGUUGUAGCUAUCCUCUGUACAAGUGUGUAUGCUUAUAUUCAUUCCCUCCCUGCUUUCCCCAGCUCUCUGGAACAGAAAUACUGGAUGCCAUUGAUAAUGAGGUCUCUGGGACACUGAAGGACUGCUACAUCACACUUGGUAUGUAUACAACUUGGCUUGUGUGUGUGCGUGCAGAGAUCAUCUGAGGGCAGAGAUGCCGAAGGGAUGCAUGUGACUCGAGUAAAGCGGGUAUUACUCAGUAUUUAGUUGGUUGUGUGGGUGACUGUUCAGAAUUUCCUCUACCUAGCCUGCCUUUGUUCAAAAUGUGAAAUGGUGUUUUACGAUACAGGCCUAUUAACCAGUAACAAAUUAGAAGUAACUGACAGUAUAUUUCAAUGCCUUUUGAUUUUCUCUUUUCAGUGAGGGUUGCUAAGAACCCUCAGUUGUAUUUUGCCCGGCGACUGAAUGAAGCCAUGAAAGGAGCUGGCACUGAUGAGGACACCCUCAUCCGCAUCCUUGUAUGUCGCUCUGAGGUACAGUAACACAUGGAUCCAAACUCUCUGACAGAAACUUAGCAUUGUGCUUGGCUCUAUCAGACACCAAAUCAUUUGUGACCACUGACUACAUUGUGAUUACAUACAUCUAAUUGGUUUUGGAAUACUUUCUGUUAUGGACACUUGAUCAUUUCUCCAUAGCACAUUUAUAAACCAUGCAAAAUAUGAAAACCGGGGGAGGCUAUGCUAUACUAACUUUGUGGACUAUCAUGGCAACACUUGAAGGCAUUAUACAUGGCUCAGGGAAUUGUGUGAUCAUUAAGAAAAUGCCCCUUUUAGACUACUUGACAUGGAAUCUAAAAGCAGACAAACGUCAGCUAAUGAGAUAAGUGUUUUCUGUUCAACAGUAUGAUCUGGAGACCAUUAAAGACAUGUACCUGGAGAAGUACGACAUGUCCCUGAAGGAUGCCAUCAAAUCUGAGUGUGGUGGGGACUUCAAACGUCUCCUGCUGGCUAUCUGCCAUUGAGAGAGAAAGAUUGAGAGGGGAAAGACAGAGCUGAUAGAGAGCAGAGUGCCUAAAAGGGACAGAGGGUGCUGCUGCUCACUCCUAGUCAAACUAACACUACUUACAAUCGGUCCUACUGUCCUCAAACAUGUGACGUUCUCGGAUAGGGCAGGGGGUGGUACUGGAGAUAGCUCAAAUCCAGCUGGUUCUGUUCUCCUGAUUUGGCAUUGAAGUCUAGGUUCCCUACAAAGUGUUAUCAUCAAUAUGUGGCUGCUAUAUUUGAUCUACUUAUCUAAAGGCAGUUGGAUGCUUAUAACAUACCAUGUGAUGUGAUUGGUUUUGAUCGAGAGAAGUGCUAGGACUAGAGACUUACCGUAGACCAGCAAUCCACAUUACCAGUGAAACUUAGUAGCCCUAGUCCUUGAAAUUCUGUUUACUGUGUACAGUUGUGUGACUAGAUCUCAAAUUCCUAAAUUCUCUUUUCUGCAGUCAAAUUGGCUAAGUGAAGUUCAGUAGGAUCAGGUGUUUCACUGCUUGGUAGGAAGGUCAGUCUGCACACAAAAGGGCAUUUGUAGGAACUGGGACUGGGUGUAGCUGGAAGAUUACGGUUAUAGCAUUGUAUUGGACCGACAUAAUAGCUCAAAUAUGUGAUGGCUCACAUUUUUGGGCUUGCAUUUAAAAUGAUCUGCAAACAUUUGGUCCAUGCUUAGUGAGACACCAAAUGGAUUUGAUCUAUCCAGUGCCAGUAUCUUCCACCCCAAACUCCAUCUUCAGUAUUAACGAGUGUUUAGAACUGUUAGCUAGCUAGUUAUAUGCAAUCUGUCCAUCUACCUUGAAGUUACAACUUAAAUGAAGGAGAAAUGAAAGUGUCCUUAUGAAGCGAUGGUAUUUUAUAUGACAAGAAGAAGGACAUGAAUCAAUGCACAUAUAAUUGGAUUUUGUUUUUAAAUAAUCAACACUCCCACUCCAAAGAUAACUGCAAUGUAAUUAUACUGACUGAUUAAUCUUCAUGUUGUCAGUCGAAAACAGUUAUUUAAUCAAAAAAAGUAACUAUGCAUUGACUUCAUGCUUCAAUAUGUUGCAAGCAAGGGAAACUGCCGUGACAAAUCUUCAAACACCUCAUAAAAUGUUUGUAUUGCAAGACUAACACUUAAGAUGUGUAUUAAAACUAUUAACUGUAUUAAGACUGCAGCAUUAUAUAUCAUACACAUGUGUUUAAAUAUUUACUGUAUACACAAGAAGGUAUUUGAAAAGGUCUCGGAAGGUAUUUGAGAAAAAGAUUUAGAGUUGUAAGUAUGAAGUAUGUAAACUCUUUGAAUAGCAUGAUCUAAAAUGUUAUGACACUAACUGUCAAUUCUGUGUCCCAUAACGGCAGCAGUAUUUUUAACAUAUUCCUAUAUUAGGAAUUAGGUCAUAUUAUAAAGUCCUGUAAUCUCAUAUGAAUAACUUGAGAUAUUUGUAACAAUUUAUAAUGCUGGCUAGGCUACUAUGAAUUCCAUGCAAGAGAGGAAAUGUUAACAGGGUUCAGACCAUGCUCACCUGCCCUUAUGGAAAUAUAUGGAAUAGGGACCAAUAUUUGCCUUUGUAUCAGCUAAAGAAUCUGUUUGGUAACAAAUAAAUACAUGCAAAUUACAGAAUAAAAUCGAUGUUCUAAAAUUAUUUUUUUGUGUCUUUUUUUUGUGAACAUAGGUCUGUUUUUUUGUGUGUUUUUUUGUGUUUUAUUUAACCUAUAUUUAACUAGGCAAGUGUUUAUAUAAUCACAUUUUCUGUACCUAUUCAAUAAGUUUAUUGGCCUAUAUAAAGGCCUACAUAUAUAAAUAUUAUUAUAAAUAUAAUUAGUGUAGAAGGGGACAUUUUACACUCAAACUGCAAGGUGCUCAUGUUUCAAAGUUGAAGCUCAUUUACUGCAUUUCUACACCAUCUUUUAACUGUAAAAUGGUGUUUGGAGAGCUGCUGUAGCUUCCUUCACCUCAGUCGAUAGGGGAUUAAGUAUUCCGUCAUACAGCAAUGGACAGCUGGGACACUUUUUUCGGCUAUGAAUGAACCCAGUGUGAAACGACAGGAAUUCGCCCAUCGGUUGAUGCAAUUCAUAGACUGCACAGGAGAAGACAAACUUAAUAUUCAACCAUCUGUCCUUAUAAUGAAGUUUGUUGCAUGCUCUCUGUGAUGAGUCUUUGGUCGUGUUACCCUGCUUAGAUGUUGCAUGCAUCAACCAAUGGUUACAUGCCACCUCAUUGACUGUUCUGUCAGGGACCAGAUUGCAAUAACGUGGGUCGUGUUCCUCUGCUCAGACCAAUGACUGUAAAUGAAUGGACAAAGCCAUCGAUCACGUGAAACCAUUCAUUCCUAUGUAGAGACUGAAUAGCGCAUUGAAGCCAAAUGAAGUCGGUUAAGAUGGCGUCUCAUGGAGACAUGAAAUGCUCAGUUUAAGAUACUCUAGGAAGUGACGUUGCAGGCUAGCUCAGUGCUGCUCCCUCUCAUUGAGUAACUCAAAUUGAAGGCUGACCUGGGUACUGCAGUCUGCCAUUAGCAACUACAUUAUCCAUAAUUAUUAUUCUGGGUGCGAUUUUAAAAUAAUCGGUUCAAGGACAUACAUCUGGUGUGUUAGAAGCAAUUAUUGUUACCAUGAUUUUCUUAAAUUUCUUUAUUUAUGCAAAGACUGACCACGAAGAUUGCCAUUUUUCCAUUCACUAUAAUGGGGAUCCUGUUUUCUGCUAACAAUGCCUGCAGUACCGAGGUCGGCCUUGAACUUCUGGGGCUUCAAUGAGAGGGGGCAGUCCUUCUCCCCUGGGUGCAAUUACCAUGAAAGUCCUGGGCCAGAGAUACUGGCCCUGGGCCAGAGGUACUGGAUAUAAUGACGACAUAUCUAUGUCUCCACUCUAAUAAUGGAAUUCGUUGUCCACAGAGCGGAACGGUGGGCUGUCAAGCUCCUGCCUAUUCAUCUAUUUCAACACUUUUUUGAAUAUUCGAUGAUGUGUGUUGACGUCAACCGCCUGUAUUCAAUGGAGCGUGAGAUGCUAUGCUAGCCUCAUGAAUAUGCAUAGACCGUCUCGAAUUUCAACAGGGAAAACUCCAAUAUAAAAUGUUUUUCUCAAAGUUGCCGGGAUGUCACGUGCAUUACACUUAUAUCAGUAAACUCGUAACAACCUAAGUAUUAAGAAACGUAUAUUAGCUCAAAUAAACCUCACGUAUCAAAAUAGCAAUUCAUUUUUAUCUUGACUAACUUUGAUGCUCCCUCAUUGCCCCCCAUACUAAAACGCCUCACUUGCUUAAUAAUUAAUGAUCUGCUUAACGUGGACAGAUUUUGGGGCAGAGUAAACCCUCUUGCUUCGCCUCUUCCGCUCUGCCUGGGCUUAGAGCAGGGGUGUCAAACUAAUUCCAUGGAGGGCCUAGAGUCUGCUCGGUUGUCUUUUGUCCUUUAAAUUAAGACCUAGACAACCAGGUGAGGGGAGUCCCUUACUAAUUAGUAACCUAAAUUCGUUAUCAUCGAAAACCCGGAGACAUUCGGCCCUCCGUGGAAUGAGUUUUGCAACUUGGCUUAGAGUUUUAGCAAAGAUAAGUUUAGAAACUCAGUGGUUUUAGCUAGAGACGGAAGAGGAAGCGAGACACUCCACACACUGUUCUUUUCUGGUUCAAUGAAAGUAAAUUAACUAAAUCAUAUUUAACUUAGGGCCCCCAAAAGGCUAGGGCCGGCUCUGACUGCAUGUGUGGGUAUGGAUGUGGCUACACAGAUCCAUGAGCCACUGCAGCCCCUCAUGAUGAGUUCAGAUUUUUUUUGUGGCCCCCACCACAAUCAAAGUUGCACAUCCUUGAACUAAGUAGACUAGGCCCAGCUGCUAUUUCAUUGGUGUCUAUGGGAGCCACACACAGUUAAGUAGACCGGAACUGACACAUUUAUUUCAAAUAUAAACGGCCUGAGUGAACUAUCUUCAUUUAUCCACCAUCUUUGGUGUUUGCCUUGCAAGCCGCCUGAUCUCGUGAGUUUACAUGAAUGUUCGCUACCACGUCUGGUAAGUACAAGGAAUCGACUACAUUCCACAGUGAUCUCAACACAGCGGGACAAAUAUCUAUAAAAUGGGAAACUGCCAAGUAAGUACCGAAACCUACCAUCCUUUUAUAAUUUUACAAAGAUGUAAUAAAACUAAGUAAAACCGAGGCAGGUCGAUUGAAAAUGAUAGGCAUUUGUGAAUAUUAUCUAGGCUACUGUGUAGGCCAAUACGUUUUUUAUUUGUUGAUUAAUUAUCAUUGUAAGGGGUGGAUUACAACGUUAUAACGCCAUCAGAAAACUAUUUUGAUUUUGUAGCCGACAUUCCACACUAUACCGCAAUUUAAUGUGGGAUUAUAAUAGAUGAUGCCAUUUUUAUUCAGAUUGACACAUUGUGUAAAAUCUGUCACCGUGAUUUUUUAAAUCCACAUGCCCUACAAAUUACACACUAGCGCAUGUGACAGGACUGAAGAAACGCAGAGGAAGCAAUCCUGUUAAAAUUAACCUAAAUAAUGAACAAGUGAAUCAGAGAGGAAGUGUACGGGUGGGAGCAGAGGAUGAGGGUGGUUCAUAGAGAUAGAUAGAGGACUCAUCUUUGUAUCUUUGCUAAUAUGGAGUCUGCGACAGCAUGGGCAACGCCAUUGCUAUCUCCAUUUUAAAGUGGUCAAAAUUAUUAUUAUUUUGUGUUUGAAAAAAGCAUAACGCUAAUAUUGGGGAUUGAACCAAAUCUUGUGCGUCAUUAAGUUAUUGUGGCCACUAGAUGGCAGUGAUAUACCAGUAGCUUUAAGCCAUUUACCAACCAAAGGCAACUCAAUUUGAAGAAGAACGCAAUGCUCUGAUCGUUGGCUGAUCACUCCCAACCCAUAGGAAUACCCACCCAGUUGACUACUAUAAAAUGUUGAAAGCCCUCAAUGGGACUGUCCAUGCUAAAACGGUUAUAUCCAUCUAGAGUCCUCUAUCUAUUUCUAUGGGGUGUUUCCAUUGUCAUGUCUCAAUUUCGGCUAUGGGGCGCUGCACCCAUAUACUUUGUUUGAUAAACACACAUCAGCUGCCAAAUUCCUGAGCCAGUGUAUUUCUUGUCAUUUCAGCUCAAUGUAUUCUCCCCUCCCCAUGUCAUGUUACAUUGUUUCUAAUACUACAGUGUUAUUACAUAAUACAUAUGUGAAAGGCCUAUUGAUUUAAAUGUUUUUAAACUAUUGUGAUGUUAAAUAGUUAAUUUUUUACUAGGAUUGGAAGGGAUGGUAGACUAGUACAGUCUACUAUAUAAGGCAAAGUAUGCAUCAAACUGCUCCCAAAACGUUUGUAUUAUGGUGUUUUUUUGUGUGGAUAUUAGCUCUGAUGUAGAGCAUGUCAUAACAAUUAUAUUUAUGUUAAUUUAGCCCACAAUCAUGCCAUAUGAGGACUUUGAUGUUGCGGCUGACAUAAAGGCCUUACGCAAAGCCUGCAAAGGCUUGGGUAAGUUGCAAUUUUUUUUGUUAAUUUGUAACAUUCCAGGGAUGUCUCUGCUCAAUGAGUGAGAGAUGUAUGGGUUUACCUACAAUGAACAAAUAGCUGUGCCUAUGCUAUUUAAUGGUACAAGGUUGUGCCAUAGUCCAAAUAGGGCCUAAGCGUGGUACUUGUGUUUUGUUUAUGAUUGUAUUUUGUUGCACAGGCACUGAUGAACAGGUCAUCAUUGACAUACUUACUAACCGCUGUGCAGCCCAGCGCAUGGAAAUGAAACAGGCCUAUUUUGACAACUAUGAGAAUGUGAGUAUCAUACUCAUUCAUUUAAAAGUACAGGAAUUAUGUACAUCUUAUACCGCACCAAGAAAUAUGUAGUUUUGCAUAACCGAAAUGUGUGGCUAAUUUGAGGAAACCAGCUAACCACACCCAUACUCUCUUUCUCUCUCUCUCUCUCUCUCUCUCUCUCUCUCUCUCUCUCUCUCUCUCUCUCUCUCUCUCUCUGGAGAAGGAGUUGGUGGAUGUGCUGAAGAGCGAGCUGGGGGGGAACUUUGAGAAUGCCGUCGUGGCCAUGCUGGACCCUCCAGUCAUCUAUGCAGUGAAAGAGCUGAGGAAGGCCAUGAAGGGAGCAGGCACUGAUGAGGAUACUCUGGUGGAGAUUCUGUGCACUGCCACAAAUGCUGUACGUUUCAACCUGUCCUGAGUAGAAUCAUAAGUAUUAUGGGCAAUAGAAACAUUUUCAAGAUUAGACGCAAACAGUCUUCUCUUUCUUUCCCAACAGGAUAUUCACGUGUUAAAAGAAUGCUACUUUCAGGGUAAGUAUCAAUGCCACCCUCACACUGCACCUUAAAGCUGGAAUCCUUAAUGGUGAAACAGCCACAUCCAAUUGCGAUGUUACAUCAACAAAGAAAUGACUGCAAACAACAAACACGUUUUUUAAAUCUGGGACAUCAUUGCAGGUGCGAUAGAAGAGCACAAUAUGUACUGCACAUUUUUUGUUACCAUGCUGCGCAACGCUCCUCAGCUCGGGAACAAAAACAAUAACAACAGUGGUUGGGCGGCCAGUGGCGCUGUUUCUCCCCCUUUAACUUAAUCUAGUUGUGUUUUUGCAUAAUUAAUAAAGGAAGAAGCCCUGAAGUGAACCUAACUCAUUUGGCUAGUUUAGGGCAAGAGUUCAUAGUUUGCAUGACCUGUAAAGUCCAUAGGCUUGCAAUCUCAACCACACUGGUCACCUUAUUCUGCUCAUCCUGUUGUUUUCUGUACUUCUGAAUCUGUUCUGAUUUGGGAUUGUGAUUAAAAUACAUAUCUUGUUGUUAUGGGUGGCUUUCCAACAUGCCUUUUUCCCAUUGGCUUAGAUAGAAUAAUGAUAUCAGUGGUCAUAACAACAAGGGAACACCUAUUCCUCUGUGCCUCUCAAUGUUACAUCUGCCUUUAAUUAUAUAUUCCUUAUUUUUACAUUGCGUUCUCUCUCUCUUUGUUUCUCUGUGACUUCUCUAGUGCAUGAACGGGACCUGGAAUCAGAUGUCGAAGGGGACACUAGUGGAGAUGUGAGAAACCUGCUCACUGCUCUUUUACAGGUAAGUGGCCCCAUGGUUUCACUCUUGGACUCUUGCCAUGUAACACAAUUCCCUUCCGUGUCUUUGGACUGAAAUCAAGCUCCCUCUGCCUGGCCUCUCUCUUAACCCCAAGUGUCUCUCUCUCUUUCUAUCUCACUCACUCACUCACUCACACACACACACACACAAACACUGGCUGGUUGGCUGUCUGCCUGCUUUUCCGAUUUCCUUUCAUUAGUAAAAUGGUGGCCAGAUACAAUAUCCUGAGCCAGACAGAAAGGCUACAUUUCAUCUCACCACAGAAGUCAGUGAAAGCUUUCUGUUCUAGGGCACCAGAGAUGAGAGUUACGAUGUGGAUGAGGGUCUGGCUGAAGCAGAUGCCACCGCCCUGUUUGAGGUAUGGCAUAGAGAAGUGCAUUCAAGAAACAAUAGUAUCAAGAGGUCGAUUUUACCUGUUUAAUUUCAACCAUAUUUACUAUUUAGGCUGGUGAGGGAUGUUUUGGAACGGAUGAAUCCACGUUCAACUUUAUUCUGGCCAAAAGAAACUAUCUGCAACUUCAGGCCACCUUCAAGGUGUAUGAGCAGGUGGGUCCACUAUUAGCAGCCAAGUCUGUUGUCAGUCAAUUUGUUUUUUACACACUGCAGGCUCCUUGUGAUGUGUCCUCUGUACUGCUGUGUAUGCUUAGUGUUAUGCUAACCCUUUUUCCUUUGUCCCAGCUUUCUGGAACAGAAAUCCUGGAUGCCAUUGAGAAUGAGGUCUCUGGGACACUGAAGGGCUGCUACAUCACACUUGGUGUGUACACAACUUAAAAGCACUACAUUAAACUAGAUUAAAAAGUAACUCACUUGAAUGCGAUGUGUCAGGUGCCUUCCAAAUACCCAUUUUUAUUUUGGUUCAGAAAAUCAGUGUAUUUUAAGGCAUUUUCUCUUUUCAGUGAGGGUUGCUAAGAACCCUCAGCUUUAUUUCGCCCGGCGACUGAAUGAAGCCAUGAAAGGAGCAGGCACUGAUGAGGACACCCUCAUCCGCAUCAUCAUAUGCCGCUCUGAGGUAAUAUAUGGACUUACACUCUCUGACAGAGUCUUAGGAUCGUGCUUUUCUCUAUCAAAGACACCAAAUAAGUUUGUGACCACUGACUACAUGCAUCGAAUUGAUAUUAAAUACUUUAUUUUAUGGUAACAUUUGUAUGAUAUGAAAAUAGGUUUGGGUUGUGUCAUCCAGAGAGGCUAUGCUAACCUUGUGGACUACCUCAGCAACAAUUGCAAAGGCAUUAUACUGUACAUGGCUCCGGGAAAUCAUUAAGAAAAUGCCCCUUUUAGACUACCUGACUCGGUUGAUGAAUCUAAAAGCAGACAAAGGUCAGCUGAUGAGAUAAGUGUUUUCUGUUCAACAGUAUGAUCUGGAGACCAUUAAAGACAUGUACCUGGAGAAGUAUGACAUGUCCUUGAAGGAUGCCAUCAAAUCUGAGUGUGGUGGGGACUUCAAACGUCUCCUGCUGGCUGUCUGCCAUUGAGAGAGGGAGAGAGAGGGGGGAGAGAGAGCGGGAGAGAGGGGGAAGGAGGGAGGGAGGGAGGGAGGGAGGAAGAGAGGGGGAGGGAGGGAGAGAGAGAGAGAGAGAGAGAGAGAGAGAGAGAGGAGAGAGAGAGAGAGAGAGAGAGAGAGAGAGAGAGAGAGAGAGAGAGAGAGAGAUCACAGAGUGCCUGAAACCAAGGGACCAAGGGUGCUGCUGCUCACUCCUGGUCAAACUAACACUACUUACAAUCGGUCCUACUGUCCUCAAACAUGUGACAUUCUCGGAUAGGGCAGGGGGUGGAAAUGGAGAUAGCAAAAAAUCCAGCUGGUUCUGUUCUCCCGAUUUUGCAUUGAAGUCUAGGGGUCCCUACAAAAGUGGCAUGAGUAUACUAAAGGCAGUUGUGUGCAUGUGACACGAUUUGUUUUGAUGGAGAGGAGUGCUAGGACUAGUAUAGAGACUUAACAUACUGUACCUUAGACCAACAAUCCAUAUUACAGAUUGGAACUUAUAGUGGCUCUAGUCCUUGAAGUUAUGUCUAGAUAUCACAUUCCCAACAUUCUCUUUUCUGCAGUCAAAUUGGCUAAGUGAAGUUCAGUAGGAUCAGGUGGUUCAGUGCUUGGCUGGAAGGUCAGUCUGCACACAAAAAGGCAUUUGUAGGACCUGGAACAGGGUGUAGCUGGAAAAUUACAGUAUAUUAUUGUAUUGAACUUAUCAGUCUUAUACAGAUAAGACCAAUGUCCAAAGCAGCAUGUACAUUUCAUUUGACCUGUAAUGCACAAAUAUGUAGCAGUUUAUAAAUCAUUUCUAUUUCAACAUGACAUGCAUUGCUGAUAGAAGUGCAUUGCAUAGAGCGGUGAUAACGAAUAUUUGGACCCACCUGGUAGCUUGUGUACAAAUAUGUGAUGGUUCAUAUUUUUAGGCUUGCAUUUUAAAUGAGCAGCAAACAUUUAGUCCAUGUUUAAUGAGACGCCAUAUAGAUUUGAUCUAUCCAGUGCCAGUAUCUUCCACCCCAAACUCCAUCUUCAGUAUUAACAAGUGUUUAGAACUGUUAGCUAGGGUAUUAAAAUAUUACCUUUAUUUAGACUACUGUAUUAUAUAUUACAUGAAUGUGUUUACAGAUAUAGACACAAAAAGGUGUUGGGGAAGGUAUUUGAGACGAUGUCAGAAGGUCUGAAAAUGUUCUUAUGACACUAAGAAUAGUCAAUUUUGCGUCGCAAAACUGCAGCUGUAUUUCUAACAUAUAUUAGGCAUUUGGUCAUAUUAGAAAGUCCUGUAAUCUCAGCUGAAUAACUUGGGAUACCUGUAUUUGUAACAAUUUAUAAUGCUGACUACUAAUGUGAAUUCCAUGUAAGAGAGGAAAUGUUAACAGGGUUCAGACCAUGCUCACCUGCCCUUAUGGAAAUAUAUGGAAUAGGGACCAUAUUUGCCUUUGUAUCAGCCAAAGAAUGUGUUUGGUAACAAAUACAUACAUGACAAUUACAGAAUAAAAUGUAUGUUUAUUAACA